CCUGGAAUUCCCCUUUUAGGCUUUUCUGCUUUUUGGCACUGGUGGCAAUAUCUACCUGCAAGACUAUGAGAUACAGGACUUAUGAAGAAGACGACCCUGGCACAGUCAUAGGCACUUUAGCUGAAGAUAUGCAUCUCAACCUACCUCGGGAGGGAAGUUUCCGAUUGAUGAAACAGUUCAACAGCUCUCUGAUCCGUGUUAGAGAGAGUGAUGGCCAGCUGAGUAUUGGGGAGAGGAUAGAUCGGGAGCAGAUCUGCAAGCAGUCCCUAAAUUGUAUCCUGGCUCUUGACGUGGUCAGCUUUGCCAAGGAGCAAUUCAAGCUGAUUCAUGUGGAGGUGGAGGUGAGAGAUAUCAAUGACAACAGCCCUCAUUUCCCCAGCGAUGAGAUACCUGUGGAUGUGUCUGAAAGCGCAACUGUGGGUACCAGGAUCCCCUUGGAAAUAGCCAUGGAUGAAGAUGUAGGCUCCAAUUCCAUCCAGAGCUUCCAAAUCUCGGUCAACAGUCACUUCAGCAUUGACGUCCAGACAAGGGCAGAUGGGGUUAAAUAUGCAGACUUGGUCCUGAUGAAGGAACUGGACAGGGAAAGCCAGUCUGCGUACACUUUGGAACUGGUGGCUAUGGAUGGGGGGAGUCCGUCCCGUUCUGGCAGCGCUGUGAUUAAAGUGCGGGUCCUGGACUUUAAUGAUAACAGCCCAGUGUUUGAGAAGAGCGCUGUCACUGUGCAAUUGAUGGAGGACGCUCCUGUAGGAUACCUCUUACUGGACCUCAAUGCUGCUGACCCCGAUGAAGGUGCUAAUGGAGAGAUCGUCUAUGGCUUCAGCCCUCAGGUGUCUCAAGAGGUACGUCAGCUCUUUAAAAUAGACCCCAAAUCUGGCCGCCUUACACUCGAAGGUCAGGUUGACUUUGAGACGAAGCAAACCUACGAGUUUGAUGUGCAGGCUCAGGACUUGGGUCCUAACCCGCUGACUGCUACCUGUAAAGUCAUCGUGCAUGUGAAAGAUGUGAAUGACAAUGCUCCAGCCAUCACCAUCACCCCCCUGACAUCUAUCACGGCGGGACUCGCCUAUAUCACCGAAGCGGCUGCUAAAGACAGCUUCGUAGCGCUGAUCAGCACCACGGACAGGGACUCCGAAGCGAACGGCCAGGUGCACUGCACUCUCUAUGGACACGAACACUUCAAGUUGCAGCAAGCCUAUGAGGAUAGCUUUAUGAUCGUCACCACAUCCCCUCUAGAUCGGGAGAAGAUCGCAGAGUACAACCUGACUGUGGUAGCCGAGGAUCUGGGCUCCCCUCCUUUUAAAACCAUCAAACAGUACACGAUCAGGGUGAGCGAUGAGAAUGACAACGCUCCUGUCUUCGCCAAGCCAGUUUACGAAGUGUCUGUCAUGGAGAAUAAUGCCCCCGGAGCUUAUAUCACUACAGUGGUGGCAAGAGACCCCGACCUUGGACAUAAUGGUAAAGUGAUCUACAGACUAGUCGACUCAGAAGUUAUGGGAGCCCCGAUCUCCACCUAUGUGUCUCUGGAUCCGGCUACUGGGGCUAUCUAUGCCCUGCGAACCUUCAACUAUGAGAUCCUCAAGCAGCUGGACCUCAGGAUCCAGGCGAGUGAUGGAGGAUCUCCCCAGCUCACCAGCAGCGCCAUUAUCAAGGUCAGGAUGGUUGAUCAGAAUGAUAACGCACCCGUUAUUGUGAACCCCGUGCUGACCAAUGGUUCUGCGGAGGUGGUCAUACCAGCCAGAGCUCCUCAUGGCUUUCUGGUCACCCAGGUGAAAGCUAAGGAUGCAGAUGAAGGGGUUAAUGCUGAACUGACUUUUAGUCUUUCGGAAGAAGGAAGGAAUCUGUUUACCAUCAAUAAGCUUACAGGGGAGAUCUUCCUCACUGCAGAUGUCAGCGAUGACCUGGGCCAGGUGUUCAAGACUAUCAUCACAGUGACUGACAAUGGUAGACCACCUCUGGCCAACACUGCUACUGUCAGUUUCCUGGUCACUGCUGCCACCCCUCCAGUAAAUCAUGAAGUCAUGCAGCCAAGUUCUUGGGAGGAGAAAGUUUCCCACUGGGACAUUCCCCUGAUUGUGAUCAUUGUCCUUGCUGGCAGUUGCACCCUGCUCCUAGCGGCCAUCAUCACCAUUGCAACUACCUGCAACAAACGGAGGAAGGAGAACAAGAAUUAUGCCACAGCUCCUAGCUUCGGGAAGGAGACAGGACCCACAGUGACAGUGUGGAAGGGACAUUCAUUCAAUACCAUCUCCAUCCGAGAAGCAGAGAAAUUCAGCGGAAAGGACAGUGGCAAAGGGGACAGUGACUUCAAUGACAGCGACUCUGAUAUCAGCGCUGAUGCUCUGAAGAAAGACCUCAUUAACCAUAUGCAGACUGGGCUCUGGGCCUGUACAACGGAGUGCAAGAUCCUAGGCCAUUCUGACCGCUGUUGGAGUCCUUCGUGUGGCAGACCACCCAAUGUUCAUCCGCCAGCAGUGCACACAGGGCCGCUUUCAGUUUCCAGUUUUUGUAAAAGCACCUCUUUACCACGUGACCCUUUGCACAGAGAUAACUAUUACCAGUCAUCUCCAGCUCAGACACUCCUACAAAAAGCAGGGGGUUUACAAAAUGUCAAAGUGCCACCCAAAGACUAUGAAAGCAGGACAAUAACGAUAUCAAGAUCUGGUAGACUUCCUGAUCUCCAAGAAAUCACCAUGCCAAUUUUUAAGUCCCCUGGCACCACCAGAUUCGUCCCGCCGCAUGACACUACCUGUGAACAGGAUGAACUUUAGUCUAAUACAGUUUCACUCCUUUUACCGGUUUUGAAGAACAGCAAUCUGUGUAAACGAGACUGCAUAACUCUAAGAGUUUUAAGUUAUUGACCAUUGUUAAAAGAUAUAUAUUCUUUAUUUAGGUACAAGAAGUCUUACAGCACUUCCUUUGCCAUAGUUCAAAUAAUGUCUAUUGGAUUAUUUAUUACAAAGUCUUCCAGUCAUAAUUAUCAAAAGUUUUUAAAUAUUUUUUUGUUGGAAAUUUUGAUCUCAUUACUUGAGUAACAAAUUAAUUCCCACUACUAAUAUUGCAAGUCAGUAGCAUGUUUGAACACAGUCAAAGGUGCUCUUCCAGUAUUCUAGCUAAUGGUAAUAUACAUCGGGCAUGAAUUAUUAAAGGCAAACCCAUGUUUACUUCCAACAGCCAAUCUGUUCAGGUUUCUCUUUAACCU